UGAUAAUGUCUGGACAAAAAGAAUUUGGAGAGCAGGAUAUUGCUAGUAUGUUAAAGAUUAUGGAAGAAGCUAAAAAGCAUAAUGAACAGGCUAGACAAGCUUAUUUAGCUCAAGACUAUCGUAAAGCUGUACAGUUUUAUCACCGUUGUAUGCUUUCUGUAAAAGCUGUUGUUCAACUGACAAAUACAGAUUUGCGUGAAAUGGCUCGUGCACUUAUUGACAAUAAAACUGAAGAUGGAAAGUCUGACAAUUUGCAAACUAGUAGUGUAAAGACUGAACAACCUUUGAAACAGUUACAAACUGAAGGUUCACUUUCCACUGCCAGUAGCAGCUCUCGAAUUCGUCAAGAUUCUACAACGUGUGGACAAGAGAUUCUCACAGAAGCUAAAGAUUUGAUGACUAAAUGUUAUAAUAAUUUGGCAGCUUGUCUUUUAGCUCGUGAUUCGAACACAAAAGAGGACUUUAUGAGAGCGGUCUUUUAUUGUGAUAAUGUUUUGAAAGAUGACCCAAAUAAUGAAAAGGCUUUGUUUCGAAAGGGAGUGGCUUUGAUGCGGGCUGAUAGUUGGGAUAAGGCAAUUGAACAAUUGGAGAAAUGCAAAGAUAGUAAGGAAAUUUUGAAAAAUAACACAAAAACGUUUUUAGAUGCCCAAGCAAAACUUUACAUAAUUGACUGUAAUCGAUAUAUUGAAGAGGAUCGUCGACGACGAGAUGCUGAAAUUCGUGCAAAUUUUGCGAAGGCUCGCGCUGGAGAGGUUAAUUUCUUAAAUUGUUUAAUCCAAAAUUAAAAAGAAAUAUUUCAAGUAGAUCGGGGCCUUUUCUCUGUUACUAUAUCAUUUAUUAAAAAAUUUGUUGUAAACGAUGACCUAGUUAUCUGUUGUGAGCUGAACCAUGAAGUUUUUAAUUUAUGUAGUUUCCCCUUAUUGGAAAUCCGGGUAAACCCAGAUUUAGGGUUCUC